AUGACUGACCAUACUCCUCCACAAAGGUAUUUAUCUACUAGAGGAGGCGACUACGGAUUGUCUUUCGAAGAUGUCGUCCUAAAAGGUCUCGCUGCCGAUGGAGGACUAUUUAUUCCUGAACAAAUCCCAUCACUACCAGAGAACUGGGAAUCAAAAUGGAAGGACCUGUCAUUCUCUGAUCUCGCAUUCGAAAUACUUUCCCUUUACAUCUCUCGUUCCGAAAUACCACCCUCAGACUUAAAAGAUAUCAUAAAUCGAAGUUACUCUACAUUUCGCGCCCCAGAAACUACACCCCUUGUUCCUCUCAACGAGAAAGAUAAUUUAUAUCUUCUGGAAUUGUUUCACGGCCCUACGUUUGCAUUUAAGGAUGUCGCAUUACAGUUACUCGGAAAUCUUUUCGAAUAUUUUCUCGUUAGACGGAACAAAGGCAAGGAGGGAAAAGAUAGACAUCAUCUUACAGUGGUUGGGGCUACAAGUGGUGAUACUGGAUCUGCUGCCAUCUAUGGUUUGCGAGGCAAGAAGGAUGUUUCAGUCUUCAUUUUACAUCCAAAGGGUAGAGUAAGCCCUGUACAAGAGGCUCAAAUGACAACAGUCUUGGAUGCAAAUGUACACAAUUUGGCAGUUGAAGGAACUUUUGAUGAUUGCCAGGACACCGUCAAAGCCUUAUUUGCGGAUCCGCAGAUCAAUGAGACGAUGAACCUAGGGGCUGUCAAUUCUAUCAAUUGGGCCAGAAUCUUGGCACAAACCACAUAUUACUUCCAUGCAUACUUCUCUCUCCAAAAGUCGCCUGCAUAUAAACCCGAAAACAAAGUUCGUUUCAUCGUUCCUACUGGUAACUUUGGUGAUAUUCUGGCGGGAUAUUUCGCAAAGCGCAUGGGUCUACCAGCUGAAAAGCUUGUCAUUGCAACUAACGAGAAUGAUAUCCUAUACCGCUUCUGGAAGACAGGACACUACGAGAAAAAAGCUGUUCAUGGAGUCGAAGCUGAAGGUGGUCUUGCUGAGGAUGGAGUAAAAGCACAUGAAGAUGGUGUCAAGGAGACCCUUAGCCCGGCCAUGGACAUUCUCGUUUCGAGUAACUUUGAGCGAUUACUAUGGUUUUUGGCCUACGAAUACGCAUCUGCCGCUGGUAUGGAUGAUGAAUGGAACAAAAAGCAAGCAGGUCAGGAAGUCGAAGUCUGGCUCAAACAAUUGAAAGUGCAGGGUGGAUUCAAUGUCCAUGACGAAAUCCUCAAGGCUGCGAACAGAGAUUUCGAGAGCGAGAGAGUCAGCGACAAGCAAACCAUCGACACAAUUAAGGAUUUCUAUACUAAUGGUUCAUAUGUUUUGGAUCCACAUUCGGCCAUCGGUGUAGCUGCUUCACUACGAUCCAUUUCCCGUUCGCCAAACGCAUAUCAUAUUUCCCUUGCAACAGCACAUCCUGCUAAGUUUGCAAACGCCGUUGAUCUCGCAUUAGAGGAUGAAAAGAGUUUUAGUUUUGAAACUGUACUCCCCAAGGAAUUUGUCGGUUUGGAGGACAAGGAAAAGCGAGUCAGAGUUGUACCCAGCACUUCUUGGGAAGAGGUCAGGGCGAUUGUUGUAGAGGAAGUCGAGGCAGAGUUAAAAGGCACCAGAUGA